CACUACAUGAGCAAAUACCUGUUUCCUAUCGUGGUCGCAGAUAGCAAUGAAAUGUAUGAGGGGGCAGAGGACAGUAUAUGUUAACCUCGAGACCGAGCUGUGGCGUUCACCUGUGGGGAGAUACCAUCUACGUUUAUACUAAAGUAAACCACAGUGAUGCGUGAAAUCGAGUCCCAUGCCCUGACAGAGGAACGAUGGUGGAUGUCGUCUAACGUCCAGCUUACAAUGGUCGUAAUCACAAGUAUCGUUUCGGCUUGGAUCCUACAAGAUACACGUGUGAGUAAACAGGGCGAAGCUACUGACGAACUGGGAUGGACUCGCAGAGAACUAGAAUUGGCUUCUGUCAAGCGAGAACAGACUAGUAGCAAACUACAGCAGCAAGGGAUUGAACUGGAGGAGAUGCGUAACGAACUCAAGCGCACUAAUGAAAAGCUAGAGCGAGCUACUAUUGAACUGAAGGAGACUACUGGCGAACUGGGACGGACUCGCAGCGAACUACAAUUGGCUUCUGCCAAACAAGAAGAGACUAGUAGCAAACUACAGCAGCAAGGGAUUGAACUGGAGGAGAGGCGUAACGAACUCAAGCGCACUAAUGAUAAGCUAGAGCGAGCUACUAUUGAGCUGAAGGAGACUACUGGUGAACUGCAGCACACACAUAUAGCACUCAAGUUCACCGCUACAGAACUGGAACGGACCCGUGGCGAACUGCAGCGGACUACUGAUCAACUGCGUCAGGCUACUGGAGAUAUGUGUUGCUAGGACGAUGAGGGUUGCCAGUGACGCGCUGCGCUCCAGUUUAGGCUCUGCUGUGGAACCACGGCUGGAACUGUGCCGUCGCUAGGGUGGUUGUUGCCAUACAAGCAAAAACGUCGGACUGCAUGGCUCGGCAUGCUGCCGCGGGAGCUUACGCCCUUUCGAAAGGGUGUAAGAGUGUUAAACACCCUCCUAAAAGGGUGUUUAAACAAUUGUUUUUUGCGCAAUACACCUUUUUGAAAGGGUGUUACAGUUGAUGCGGUGUAAAAAAGGGUGCCAGCCAUAGGACAAAAAGGUGUAAGCGGUUUAUACCCAAAAGGGUGUUUUUGAAUUUACUGUGUAGUUUUCGUAAAUUUGAAUUUUAAACAUCGCGGUUCACGCCGACGCUGGCACACCUAACGUCAAACCAAGAAAACGUACGCAUAUAUAGAAAAUUCAUCUGGUCAUCCCACUGGGAUGACGUCAUUCGCCCAUGCGAUCAGCGCGCAGAAUGCCGUCACGUGAUCGAGCACUAGAACAGCAACUUGCAGCAAGAACCAACAUUUUUACACCGAUAUACUGUUGUCAUAAUGUCUGGAAAUAAAAAAAUAUGUAUAUACUUCGAAA